AUGUUCUCCUCCAGAUUCAUCAGACCUGCCGUCGCCAGAGCUACUCCUCGCCCCAUCAUCACCAAUACCCCUUCAAUCGCUUCCCGCUUCUUCACCACUUCGUCGCCCAGAAUGACUGUCCACAUCUUUGAGACGUGGUCCGAGGACGAGAAGUUCAAGGACAAGAUCUACUUCGCCAAGUUCGACGUCGACCAUCUUCCCGACCUCGCCCAGGAGCUUGGCAUCCGCGCCAUGCCCACCUUCAUUAUCUUCAAGGACGGCGAGAAGGUUGGCGAUGUCGUCGGUGCCAACCCCGCUGCUAUCCUCGCGGCCCUCAACAAGCAGGUUGACUAA